UAUUGCCACAGCACUCAUGACAAAUCAAACAUUAACAACACUUGACUUAGCCGACAACAAAAUAUCAGCUGAUGGAGCAAAAGCUAUUGCCACAGCACUCAUGACAAAUCAAACAUUAACAACACUUGACUUAGGCUACAACCAAAUAUCAGCUGAUGAAGCUACAGCUAUUGCCGCAGCACUCAUGACAAAUCAAACAUUAACAACACUUAACUUAUGGAACAACCAAAUAUCAGCUGAUGGAGCUAAAGCUAUUGCCACAGCACUAAUGACAAAUCAAACAUUAACAACACUUAACUUAUGGAACAACCAAAUAUCAGCUGAUGGAGCUAAAGCUAUUGCCGCAGCACUCAUGACAAAUCAGACAUUAACAACACUUGACUUAGGCUACAACCAAAUAUCAGCUGAUGGAGCUACAGCUAUUGCCACAGCACUCAUGACAAAUCAAACAUUAACAACACUUGACUUAGGCUACAACCAAAUAUCAGCUGAUGAAGCUAAAGCUAUUGCCACAGCACUCAUGACAAAUCAAACAUUAACAACACUUGACUUAGAAGACAACUCUAUAUCAGCUGAUGGAGCUAAAGCUAUUGCCACAGCACUCAUGACAAAUCAAACAUUAACAACACUUAGCUUAGGCUACACGCGCGAAAGACCACAAACAGCUACAGUAAUUCCAACAAAAGAAUCAGUCACUAGUGCAAAACCAAGUCUAUGUAGUGUAAAUUCAACUGUAUUUUUCGCUUGUAGUAGAAUUUGCGAUGGUGGCAUGAAAGAGCGAACAAAUUUGUGUUUUAUGAACAAUAGACGAGUACCAUGUAAAUCCUGCAAAAUUCAAGAUAACGAAGUGGAGAAAUGUAACAUAUGGCCAUGUCCAAAAUGUCGUGUAGAAGUUGAUGUUGGUAUUUUACUGGAUUCAUCUUCAAGUAUCAAAGAAUGGGCUGUAGUUGUAAAUGCCACUUCCGAGUUUGUUCCUGUUUUCAAAAAUCAAAAUGUUUCAGUCUUGUUUGGUAUUGUUCUGUAUGCAAAUAGACCACAAAUAUUUCGACGUUUUAAUCAACCUGUUACUAUCGAAGAUAUUCGUCGAUUGGGCCGUAUUGAUAUAACAGCUUUGAAAGCUCUGCCUCCAACGAUCGAUGCUGCUCAUCAACAUUUUAAAAGAGCAGCUGUUGCUGUAAAUAUGUGGUGCAGAAAUGCUCAAUCAUUAAUCUGUGACAAGAAUGGUUUUGAAAAUAUCAAUGGAAACUCAAAAGUUAAAUGGAUUACUAAAUCUACAACUCCGGAUCCAUCACUCGCAACGUCAUGCGGAUGUAAAAGCGGAAAUUGCAAAUCUUGCAUAUGUGUAAAAAGUAAUUUGAAAUGUAUACCAAAAUAUUGUUCGUGUGAUGAUAUUAGUCUUUUUGAAUCUACGAAAGCUGAGAAAAGCAGCGUUUACUCAGCAUGUAGACCUCGUUUUGAGGCUGUCGAUUGGGAUGGUAUUGGACAGAAAUUGACGGGAUUUUAG